UGAUUACUUUACUUAAAUCGCGCUAGUCGGUUGCGCGCAGUCAAAUAUAACCUCGCGAGACGUGACAUGUGCUCAUGCAUUCGCGCCUGACGGAUUGAUAAAUCGAAAAAGUGUAUUUCUGUGUGAUAAAUCGCAGCGUUCGUAAUCGGCUGAUACCGAUGUUGCUUUAGCGACUACCAAAAGAUUAUCGCACGAAGCAUAAACGCGUUUAUCUCAUUAUGUCGUAAGUCGUGUCGUCGUAGUCACGGACGACGAUGCGCGACAGUCAUUAAAUGUGUAACGAUUAUUUAUUAAAUAAUACGAAACAAACAGUGUAAAUGAAAGUUGAAAAGUUCUUUUAGUUGGAUGCCUGUCAAACUGAAGUAAUUUUCUUUUCAAUUGGAGUUUCCGUGGGCGUUUUAAAUCAGUCGUGCGUAAAAUUGAACAAGAUUCAUCAUGACAGUAUCUUCGUCUUCGAACAACACCAAGGAUGGUGUUAUUGAUUUCACAGCUGGAUUUUUAGGUGGCGUUGCUUUGGUAUACGUAGGACAACCCUUGGACACAAUCAAAGUAAAAAUGCAAACAUUCCCAAAACUGUACACUAACAUGUUUGGAUGCUUCGUGCAAACCUUGAAACACGAUGGCAUUUAUAAAGGUCUAUAUGCGGGCACAGUCCCCGCUCUGGUAGCAAACAUCACCGAAAACUCCGUCCUCUUCAUGUGCUACGGCAUGUGCCAGAAGGUGAUACAAUACGCGACAAAAACAGACUCAAUCGAGAACCUCAGCAUCGUCAGUAACGGUCUAGCCGGCUGUCUUGCAUCUUUCUUCUCAUCCAUAGCACUAACUCCAACCGAACUAAUCAAGUGCAAACUGCAGGCGAUGUACGAGAUGCAAAAAAUUGAAAUCGCAAAAGGCAAUGUCGUGCAAAGAAUUGGACCGUUUGCAUUAACCUGCGACAUCUAUCGUCGAGAGGGUACCAGAGGUUUGUUCAGAGGGUUAGUGCCAACACUAGCGCGUGAGAUGCCAGGUUAUUUCUUUUUCUUCGGCGGGUACGAAGGAAUGCGCGUGUUGCUAGCCAAAGAGGGGCAGAAUAAAGACGAUAUCGGUUUGGGUAAGACCAUGGUAGCCGGUGCUGUGGGUGGGACAGUUUUCUGGAUCAGUGUGUACCCAAUAGACGUAAUCAAGUCAAGAAUUCAAGUGCAAGGAUUGAGUAUAGGUAUGCAUACGUUAGCAAUGAAAAUGCUCCGGACGGAAGGCAUUGCAUCAUUAUUCAGUGGUUUACUUCCGACUUUAGUCAGGACCGUACCUGCAACUGCCACAUUAUUCGCUACGUACGAAUACAGCAAGAGAUUUAUGCACCAAAUAUUCUAGUUAUUACUAAUUACACCUAUAUAUAUAAAAAAAAGUUCACUAACUUAUAAUUUGCUCAAACAUUCGAAUUUUAUUAUUUUAGUUAAUGUUUUUGUCUCGUGUGUUUUAUUUGACUACAAUAAAUAUUGAAAAAAUA